UUUCACUGGAGGACAAGUUGACAACCUCAACUCCUUGUCCAGUGAACCGCAACUUGACUCAGGCCAAGCUAUGCCCGCAAGCAGAAAAAAGACCACCAAGGGCAUAUUCAGGACCAAACAAGGUCCUGCGGUGGCGCGGCAGGCCCGCCAUCCGGCUGGUGCUAGCCAACACCGGCCGGCCCUCCAGUUCGUAAACGUCGACCACCCCGAGCUAGUCAAGGAUCGAGCCACCCAGCGGAGAAUCCGUCGCCAUGUCAUGCUCAACGUGGGCCAAUCCCGCAAAAAGGGCACACACAGGGGUAUUAUCACACGGUCUUCAUUGCCGCAGACCCCGUCGCACUGGGGAGAAGUCAAAGUAUGCUCUAACUUUGAACGACUCUUUCGAGCCAUGGAUGCAGUCUCACAUGGUCUGCUGUCAAUCACAUUGGGGGGCAGCAUGGCCAAAACUCGCCGGCAGGGUAUGCCUCUGAGUGAGAUGCAGCAGUACACAGACUCGCUUGGUCUGGUGCAGCAGAGUAUCACGCACAAGACAGCCAGUGCAGCGAAUCGAGACCUGGUCAUUGGCACCGUGACCUGUCUGGCCUAUUUUGAUCUGCAGACGCACAAUCUUGAAGGGUGGACGGUGCACAUGCGCGGCCUGGAGAGCAUCGUUGCGCUCCAUGGUGGCGUGGAGGCUCUCCAGUCGCACCUUGCCCUUCGCCAGUCUCUCUUCCUCGUCGACGUGCUCGGGUCGCUGAUCUGUGACACUCCGCCACGGUUUCCACAGCUACAUUGUCCGGCCGCUCCCGUAUAUUGUGGAGGAACAGACGACUCGCUAGCAUGCUUAAUUGACCGUGCGAUACAGUCCGCAUCGAAUUUGGCGUCGUUGCUCAAUGGCCUGCCUCGAUGUUCAGCGGAGCAAAUGGCCCUCGAUCUCAUGAUCCCGGUAUGCCAACUCGCGCAUGACGCCUUGUCACUCCCCCGGCUGGAACAAGACAGUCACGGAGAGGGAAAGGGUUUUUUGGCCUCAAGCGGACGGCGAUUGUCUGCCGUGGCAGAGUUGGUCCGCAUCUCGACACUGGCCAUGUUAUCUACGGUGAUCACGACGACAUCGGAGGAUGACCUCUUCUGCGCAACACCCCGCCGACGCCAGGGCUAUGCGCGAGAUCUCCUUGCGCGCACUGAAGAUGGCGACUGGGCAGGAAGGGAGCUGACCAAGCUGUGGGUCAUGGUCAUCCAGGCAUUGAUGGAGACGGGUCCGACGAGAGUGCUGUUCCUCGACGACAUUAUCGAGACAAUGGAACUUCUGUCACUACAUUCAUGGGAGGACGUCAUGUCUGGACUACGUCAGGUUGCCUGGACAGCCCCCGCUGCCGCGAAGGAGAUGGCGUGUCUGAAAGGCGAUAUCGAAGCUCGACUGGGGACGGAGAAGUGAUCUUGCACCAAGACCAACAUCUGUUUCUCUGCAUAAAGUCUAUGGCUGUGCUCUCGAGUCCCACCCGACUCUCAGUACGUCACGCCGCCGUUCACGCC